CAGAUCAUGUACGUUUUCCUCUCUCAAUUUAUUAUCACAAGAUUAUUCAUCCAAGUGCUUAUAGGAAGAUGAGUAUCAAGUUGAUUCUUUUGUUUGUUGUGUGUGUUUUCGGGCAAGCGACAUAUGCAAGGAAGCUUCUUCAGCUUCCAGCUAUGAACAUCCCUGGCAUUGGUGGAGUUGAACAAAUCAUCGGAGGUAUUAUUGAUGGUGGUGGUGGUGGUGGCGGAGGUGGUGGUGGAGGAGGAGGUGAGAAUGGUGGAUAUGGUGGGGGAUUAGGAGCUGGAUUUGGUAAAGGAUCAGGUCCUGAUGGAGGAGGAAAAGGUGGUGGUGGUGGAGGCGGUGGUGGAGGAGGUGAGAAUGGAGGAUCGGGUGGGGGAUUAGGAGGUGGCUUUGGCAAUGGAGAUAGCGAUGGAGGUGGAGGAGGUGGCGGCGGCGGUGGUGGAGGAGGUGAGAAUGGAGGAUAUGGUGGGGGAUUAGGAGGUGGCUUUGGUAGUGGAGGAAGCGAAGGAGGAGGAGGAGGUGGCGGUGGCGGAGGAGGUGGAGGAGGAGGUGAAAAUGGUGGAUCUGGCUGGGGAAUAGGAGGUGGCUAUGGUGGUGGAUCUGGCGAAAAUGGAGGCAGUGGUGGUGGUGGCGGCGGUGGAGGAGGGGUGAAUGGUGGAUCUGGAGGGGGAAUGGGAGGUGGCUACGGUAGUGGAUUAGGUAGCACUGGAGGACACGACAAUGUCGUAGGUGAAGAUGGUGGCAGUGAUUAUGAUGCAGGAGCAGGUGAAGGCGAUGGAGAUAUGGAUUCAGAUCGAUGGUUGGCACUUGUUGUAGGUCCUCCUACACCUAAUGGUAAAGCUUCUGAUGAUAUGGUGCAAAUUAAACAUAUUUUUUUUAUGGAUUUUACUGUCAAAGAGGAUUAUCAGGACAUAUAUUCGAAGGAUACUGUGGAUAUUAACCUGGAGGUAGAGACCCCUUUAACCCCAAUUUGGAUCACCUUGACUGGCCUUAAAUGGCAUUAUUUCAAUUGGGAUGCUGUCCUUCGGAUCACCUCCCCUAUCGGUACAUUAUUGAGGAUUGAUAAAGCGAGUAAUGUCAGGAGGGGCAUAUUGAAGACGAGUGCUUUGAUUGGAAAGAACAGAAAUGUCGAUGACAAUAGAGCUAACCAGUUGGCUUUGGGGUCUUCUAGUAUAGCAUCUGCUAGUGAUAAUAGUAAGCUGAACAUUAUAGAACAUCACAAAGGGAACCAAUUACGCCAACUUACCGAUGAAGGAGAAGAGCGAUCUGAAUCUUUCCCUCACCCACAACACCAAAUGCUAUAG